AUGAUAUUUUAAUUGGAAUGUUUAAUAAUGAUAUGUUUGACACAUUUGUUAUUAAGCUCGAACAAUUAGUUAUUAACCUAGAUUGUUCUCAAGAAAUAGAGAUGGAACUUAUAGGACAUAACAAUCUGAAUGAUAAUGAUCUUUCUCAACUUGUAGCUACGAUUAGUAAUCCAGUUAGUGUUUAUUCGAAGGGCUAA